UAUAUGUAUAGAUAUGGAGGGUAGAACCAGUCUUGCAAUAAAUGAUAUUCUGAACGCACGCCUAUUAUUUGUCACUGGCGAACGAGGCGUGGUUUUGUUACUUUAUUUUAGUAAAUACGUGCUUAAAUCAAGUAUUAUCCAGUGUACGUGUGAUAUAGGUAGUGUUAAAAACAAUGGGCGUCGGAAAAAUACCAGAGUUCGACGUGAAAACGGGAAAUUGGACUAUGUACUGUGAGAGGUUAGAAAUGUAUUUCCUCGCGAACGAUAUUAAGGAUGAAGUGAAGUUACCAACACUAAUCGCCGUAAUGGGAGAAGAUGCAUAUCACUUGUUAUCUACGUUAGCAAGCCCCAGCCAACCUUCAUCUUUGACCUUCACUAGCGCGGUGACACUGCUCAAAAAUCACUUACAACCGAAACCCUCCAUCUUGGCCGAGCGCUACAGAUUUCGGCAGCGGCGCCAGGCAGAGGGAGAAAGUGUAGCCGAGUAUGUGGCGGAACUGAAGAAGCUAGCAAAAACAUGCGAUUUUGGGUCGUCUUUAGAAGAAAAUCUCCGCGACCAACUUGUUUGCGGCAUUGUAAGUGAGUCGACGCGGCAACGAUUGUUCGCGGAGGACGGCAUCGGCUACGCGAGGGCGGUCAGUUUGGCUACGACAUUGGAGGCGGCAGAAAAGAAUGCAGUCGCGGUAGAUCGAGACGCUAAUAAUGUUAACACGGGUGUAAAUAAACUGGAAGCGAACCAUAAAUGUAUGGCGUGCGGGGAGAUUGGGCAUAAAACGGAAGGUUGUAAAUAUAAAAACUUUGAAUGUAGUUGGUGUAAAAAUUUAGGCCACUUAAGAAGGAUGUGCCCUGAGAAAAAUGCAAGACUCGGAGUGACGGGAACGGCGGGUAGCCAGUCACAAUCACGCGGAGACGGCGUGACCUAUAACGGUAGCGGAGCACGCGGGAACCGAUCAUCUGGAAGAGGCGGUAGCGGGCGCGGGCGCGGACGCGGAGGUCGCUCGGGCCGCCGGGGCACAAACAACUAUUGGGUGCACGCGCACCAGGGAUUAGCUGACGUGGCGAGCGAUCACGGCGGGUAUGCGUCGGCGCUGGACAAUAGUGAUUUGGAUGAUGACAACGAACCUAUGUACCAAAUGUCAUUAAGCAAAUAUAAACCGGCAUGAGUCAUUGUUUGACGGCACCCUGGGGCGGUACACGGGCGGCACGGUGCGGCUGCAUGUACGCCCGGGCGCCGGUCCGGUGUUUUGCCGCGCGCGCCCGGUCCCGUUCGCGCUGCGGCCGCGAGUUGACGCUGAGCUUGACGCCAUGCUCGAGGCGGGCGUCAUCCGGCCCAUCAGCCGUUCCGACUGGGCCACUCCUCUGGUGAUUGCUCGUAAGGGGGACGGCGGAAUACGACUGUGUGCGGACUAUAAGGUGACCCUUAAUCCUAACUUAUUGGUCGAUAGGUACCCGGUUCCAAAGGUCGACGACCUUUUUAGCACACUCAGUGGACAUAAGUUUUUCACUAAAUUAGACUUAUCACAAGCUUAUAAUCAACUUGUUCUGGAUGAGGCGUCCACGGAGUAUACAGUAAUAAAUACA